AUGGGCAACAGAUCUGAGCGGAUAAACCAUGCUUCUGUAUCAGAACCUUGGGCAGUAACUCAGUGGACAGAAUAUGUAGCUCCCGUCGUUCCUGCACAACGUCAUAAUCGUCCUGUUGCUCCUUCAAAUCAAAAUUUGAUGAUGCGAGGUUCUCCAGGAUAUAAUCCGUAUUUGAACAGACGUGGACCUGGCAUCAGACAACAACAUGCAAAAUACAAUAUGUCACCUUUUCGAGGAGGAAAUGUGAUAAGGGUUCCUGUUAAUAGACAUGGCCGUCAUUAA